GAAAAUAAGAUAUUUAACAAUAGAUGGACAACGACGAAAAUGAUUUAAGCUUGUUGCAGCGACCUUUGCAAACAGCCCAUACGGGCUUCGAGGAAGCGCGACGCGCCUACGAGGAUGGUACCAGCGAGGUGCGGCGCCUGCUCGGCGAGGAAUGCAGUCUCAUCUAUGAGUGCAACGUGUGCCGCAACAUGUUUCGCAGUCUGGCAAAUUUUAUCAGCCACAAGCGGGUCUUUUGUUGCAUCAGCAGCCGUGCCUCAAGACCCAAUCAUAAUACAGGAUACACAGACCAAAACUCAACACGAAUAAUACAGGCAGGUAACUCACAGGAUUUUGAGCAUAUGUUGCGAAGUCGUAGUACAGGAUGCUCACCAGUGCCGCGCGAGGGUCGCUCCAUACGCGGCAGCAUGCGUGAUAUAAGCGGCGUCAUAGAGCGCUUGCGCCGCGAGAAAGCACCCACAGCUGCUGCUGCUGCAGGCAAGCAACCAGUGUCACCCGUGCUGCAACUAGAGUCAGUGCCCUCAUCCAGCCAGGCAGUGUAUCAGACCAUAAAGCUGGAGCAGGAUGAUAGCAUUAAGACAGAACUCAAUGAAGUGCAUCAUAUGCUCAACGCGGGACAGGCUAUUGUAGGACCUGAUGGCAAGCCAGUAUCCUCGCAGCUGUAUGAGCGUCCUGGUGGCAGCGACUCGGCCGAAACACCUGAGCAGUCCGUCAGCGACGAGACUGAGACAAACAUCUUUUGUGAAAUAUGCAAUUCGACAUUCCAGACGCAGAAGACGCUUGAGUUGCACAUACAAAAGCAUCACUCGUCGUCCGCGUUUGUUUUUCAGUGCCCCGCCUGCUCCCUAACGUUUCUGCAAGCUGCUGCAGUCAUACGACAUCUUUCCAAGGAUCAUAAAAAACCAACGCGUCGCAUACGCAUGAUGCGAAACACAAUACUGAAGCGACGCAAGCAGCAAGGCGAUGUGCAACCCAAGGGCCCAAGUCGUGAGCUGAAACGUCUGCAACUCUCUGACGAUGUGGUGCAUCAAGUGCCGGAGCGCAGAGAUGACAAUGGAGAGCAACGCAAGAUCAUGUCGCUGUGCAUUUACUGCGAGAAAUCAUUUGAGCGUCGCGCUGCCUUGUCUACGCAUUUGCUGAAUUGUCGUGCCAAGCAAGAGGCAUUGGCCAAACCGGCUCCCACAGUUAAGAGGCUUAAAGCAAAUGCAAGCACUGACGAUGCUACAGAUGAACCUGAGGAGAGCGCCACUGCUGCUGAAGCUGAAGUGAGCUUCGAUAACAUGGACAACACCGAUGUGAACGAAAUGUUUGCGGAGCUGGCGGAGAAUAAUGAGAGAUACAGCGCUGGCCUGCAUACUGUUUCGCUGGAUACGCUGCAGCUAAAGCGAGAGCAUGACUCCAGCAGCGAAGAGGCGGGCUCCAACAGCGAGGAUGAGCCAGAUGAGGCGGAACAGGAUGAGCAGGCAUGUAAUGAGAAUGGCGACGAAUCCAAGCCAAAGUUGAAGAAGAAACGCAAUGUGCCUAUUGAGAAACAACUGCGCUGUCGCUGCAAAAUCUGCAACAAGCAGUUUAAUGCGCUGGGCAAUCUACGUCGUCACAUAUCCAUGUUUCACUAUCGUGCGCGUCGCUUUGGCUGCACCAUAUGCGAUUAUCGAGCUUUUCGUCGCUACGACAUAGUCAAUCACUUGGGUUUCACACACAAAAUCGAGGGAGAUCGCGAGACACUGAACGAGAAAUACGUGGCGACACAUGAGUGCGAGUACUCGCGUGACGAUGUGGAUGGCGAUAUAGUUCUAAUGGACAAGGAAAAGAAGCCAGAGCCAGAGCUAAGCACAGAGACAAAGCCAGCGCAGAAGACGUACGAAAAGCGCGUGAAACGCAUUAAAACAAACAGCGAUGCGACAGUGCUGGAGGCAGCGCCCUGCUCACCUGUGGACGCUAAGGAGGAACCAGAGGAGGAGGAGCCGCUGCCGCUGCCGCUGCCAGUUGUGCCCAGCAAGAAGCGCCGCAAGUCACGCGCGCAGAUAUCGCCCGAGUCUGGCGAACGUAGCGCAGAGAAGCGGCCCAUACGCAAACGUACAAAAGCAGUUAACAAGGACUUUGUCUAUGAUAUGGUCAGCUUUAAGGGCGAUCCAAAUGCUGCACAUUCCGCCAACCCUGCCGUUGAAUCAAUGCGUGCCAGACUGCGUCGUCCAGGCAAUGUCUCAAGCACCGAUGACAGCAGAACCAAAUACUGGCAAUCCUUCAUAGCUGACGAUAAGAAAUCGAAAGUGCAGGGCAUAACUCGUCGCCUUAUGCUGAAGCUGGUCAGUCAGGGUCGCGCUGUGUCCGCUACGUUGCCUGAGCUGCCUGCCGAACGACCACAAAUUCGUCCCCGCCUUAUAUCCUACACACGCAGCAGCGACUGUGAGCAGGAGCAGCAGCAACAAACACAGCAGAAAAAACGCAAGCAUGAGCAUGUGGUGGACACCAGCCAGACGAAUAAAGUGGGAGAAAGCAUUUUGGACAAAAUCGCCAAGCGCACGGCUGCCGCCGCAAGUGGCAAAGAAGCAGCAACCAUCAGCAAUUUAUGGCAAAAGGUAAAUCGCGCCAUAGAGCAACCCACGCCCGAAGCUAAAGAGCAACUGGAAGCAGCGGAAGAUGCUGCUACAGCAGUUGCAGUUGCAGCUGCGGAAACGCUGCACAAGACGCCCAAUGGCAAGCAUAUAGCUGGCAGUGCUGGUGGCCAAUUGACACCACCGCUGCCGCCGCGCAAGGAUCCCGCAGCUGUUGUGGAGGCGAACACUUCGAUUUGCUCAGACGCCGCCCCAGCCCCAACGCCCUGCUUGCCCAGCACAACCAAACCAGAAUGCCUUAGCAGCAUGGCAUCGCCUAUGACAGCAACAACGUCCGCACUAUUUCCGGCACUACCCAAGCCGCCAUCCGUUUUGCAAGCCUCAGCCAAUGGCACAAUCCAAUUCACGCUGGACAGUCUGUUGCGUGCCGCGUUGCAGAACUAGAGGCAACACCGGAAGCAGAUGUCACAGCAGCGUUUCAAUAUCGUUAGGUACACACACACCCACACACCCAAACACACACACACUUACAUACCUAUACAUAGUUGUUAAAAACUUUUUAGAGUCUAUACUGACUUUAUCUCAUUUAAUUUAUAAUAUGUUGCACUAGUGUCCUUAUUGUUUAGGUCCCGCCAAGCCAGUUGAUGUUGAUGUGAUGUUAACUUGAGUAUUAUGCAGCUUCACUAUAUCCCAAAAAAAACAAAUCAGAGAAAUCUAAAAUAAUCAUUAUGAGUCAACUCGUAGCACAAUUCUUUUUGGCAAUUUACAAAUUGUUGCGAAGCAUUUUAAACAUGUUUCUUUUUUAUUUAGCAUAAUUGUAUAUCAAGUUAAUAGUCAAGAAGUUAUACCUAGAGCUAUAUAUAUGUAUACCAUAUAACCAGCUAUGUAUUGUAUAUGUUUAGGUGUCAUUGAUGUUUCCCCUCCCAACAACAACCCCAAUACACCCCACACACAUAUCCGUUUGUGGAUAUGAUUGCAUUUUGCAUGAGAGUGUCUCAAAGAUGCUCUAGACUUGGGCCAACAACAACAAAAGUAAAUUCUAUGCACCUCUGAAACAAAACAAUAUGUAUUUGUAUAUACAUACAUGCAUAUAUUUAUGUUAUUCAAUGUAUUUCUAUGUCAUAAAUACGGUACAAGAUAGAGCCUUAUAUCAAAUCACCAAAUGAUAAU